CAUGUCUCCUCUAAGAGAGUGAAGCUGUUUGCCAAGACUAUUUCCUACCAUACCUUGAAGAGUGCUCUCAUUCCUCUUGAGAGUACAGGAUGUUGGAGAGUCUUGUGGCCUGGGUGCUGAACACAUAUCUGGGAAAAUAUGUCAGCAAUCUGAACACAGAUCAGCUCUCUAUUGCACUUCUCAAAGGUGCAGUGGAGCUGGAAAAUCUCCCACUAAGGAAAGAUGCCCUUCGAGAUUUUGACCUGCCUUUUGAAGUCAAAGCAGGAUUCAUUGGCAAGAUCAGUCUCCAGAUCCCUUUCUACCGACCUCACAGUGACCCAUGGGUCAUUUCCAUGUCGCAGCUCAGCCUCAUCAUUGGCCCCACCCAGCAGCAGGAGUAUGAUAGAGAGAAGGAAAGACAGGAAGAGAAGAAACGCAAAAAAGUCUUUCUCAAGGCUCUAGAAGACAAGUUUAAGAAUGAGUGUGAUCAGAAGGGAGAGUCCUACUGGUAUUCUGUCACUGCAUCACUCGUCACCAGAAUUGUAGAAAACAUUGAGCUGAAGAUUCAAAACGUCCACCUUCGCUUUGAGGAUGACAUUUCAAACUCAAAGAAGCCCUUUGCUUUUGGAGUUUGCAUCAACAAUGUAUCUGCUCAAAAUCCCUCCAACGUGUCMGUCCAGAAGGAGCUUCGACAAAAGCAGCUGGAGAUUAAAGACUUUAGUGUUUACUGGGAUCCAGAGUGUGAAAUGCUUGGAAAUCUGCCUGCAAGUCAGAUUCAGGAUGCRAUGACAGAGUGUAUGAAGAGUCGUGAUCAUCAGUACAUUUUUGAACCAGUUGGUGCAUCUGUGCUUCUGAAGAGAAACACUUCUAAGGAGCCUCUGAGGUCUCGAAACCCCCCUCGAAUCGAAGGCCAGGUCCAGCUGGAGCCCAUGUCUUUACGCCUUUCCCAGGUUCAGUACCAGCAAAUAAUGGCUUUUCUUAAAGAACUGGAUCGCAGGGAGAAAAGGAUGUUAUACAAAAAUUUGAGACCCGAAGUACCAAUUUCAGGGAACUGUCGGAUGUGGUGGAUAUUUGCCAUUCAGGCUAAUCUGAAAGAAAUAAGAGAACAGCGACAACGAGGCACCUGGAGUUUUGCUUUGCAACGAUCUCGAGAUGCACAGACCUAYACAAGCCUUUAUUUUAAAAGGCUCAAAGGAGUUCUGCUGAGUCCUCAGGAAGAGAGUGAACUGGAUCGAAUAGAAGAGGAGCAGACGUUGGAGGAGCUAUGCAGCCUCAGAGAAGUCGUCCAUGACUGGAUUUUAAAACAGGAACAGACAGCUGAGAAUUCCAGAGAGCCAAACAAUGACYCUCAGCCUGUUCCACCCAGCGCAUCAAUUCCAAAAAGUGGCAGCUCAAGGAUGAUUCAGUACCUCCAGUCUUGGUUCCCAGGGUGGGGGGGCUGGCAUGGAGAUWCCCAAGAUCCAGAUAGACCUGAAGAGCUAUUGCCAAGUCCUUCGACCUGGGACAUUCUAGCAGAGACAGAGGACUUGUUUGACCCGUUGGAAGAUUCUUACAGUCUGAACACAUUCACCAGGCGAGAUCACAUGUUUGCGCGGCUGGAGUUCUUGUUAGAAAAAGGCAGCGUAACGCUCUUCCAGCAAGACAGAAAGGGGCUCACGUUGCAUGAGAGUGGCCUCAUCCAGCUGGAAUUCUCAGGGGUGAAGGUAAUAGUUGAGUCUCUCCCUCGUUCAGAGUCGUCACUACUCUCUGUUCAGCUGGGUAGUUUGUUUCUGAGAGACCUAACCACCCAGGGGUCCAUCUUUCCAUUUCUAAUAUCUCCCAAAAUGGGCAGUGUUGUUGGGGCCAUCAAUCAACCACUGACUCAAUCCAGAGGGUGCACAUCCCCAGUGUUUGAGAUGAUAUACGAGCGCAAUCCUGUGAAGUCCAAGUUUGAGAGAAGACUUGAAGUGAACACUAGUCCAUUAAACAUAAUCUAYAAUCCUCAAGCAAUGAAAAAAGUAACUGAGUUCUUCUAUAAAGGAAGAGUUCACACCUCUGGAUUUGGCUAUCAGUCGGAGCUGGAGUUGCGAGUGGCAGAGGCUGCCAGGAGGCAGUACACCAAGCUGAAGAUGCAAACCAAGGCUGAAAUUCGACAAACCAUUGAUCAGCUUCUUGUGGGAGAGUUUAUUGAAAACAGUAAACGUUGGACCAUGAAACUGGACAUCUGUGCACCUCAGGUGGUUUUCCCAGAUGACUUUCAGUCAGCCGACCCAAUGCUKGUUGUGGUGGAUUUAGGCAGAAUUCUUCUUACAAACUCACAAGGGAAUGGUAACACCAGCUUAAAAGCUACUCAACCUGAAAGUGAAGACAUGAGUGAUGAUGAGUACAAGACRCCUCCUGCAACCCCACCUGAGUCUCCAGCACCUGAAUUUGACACACCUUUAAAAGUAGCUAAAAGCCCUGAACUUCCUAACCUUGCAUUCCAAGAGGGAGGUCAAGCCUAUAGCAAAAAAUUGUAUGAGAAAUACUCMUUGUCCUUUAAAGACCUACAGAUAAUGGUUGGUCACUAUAAGGACAACUGGAAACAUCUUCAUGAAAGUGAAGUAGGCCCUACCCAUGUUGUAGAAAAGUUCAAUGUGCUACUGCAGCUUGAGCAGAGACUACGCUACACAUCCGACCCUCAGUUACCCGGGGCUGUUCUUUCAGGAACUCUGCCAGAUCUCAAGGUCCAUGUUAACCUUGAAAAAAUGACUGCCCUUAGAAGUUGUCUUGCCAGGCUAAGCAGUCCAGCUGUGAGUGAAGGGGACAUAACGUCAGAAAAAGAUCCUAGUGUAAUGUCCCCAGAUCCUCUCUCACUCCGACAUGACAAGAUUUUUYACAGAGUGGACAGUUCCUGGAAGCUGCAGGAUUCAUCCAAGUAUCUGACCCAGAGUGUGACGACAUUAGAACAACACACACGUGAAGUACUGGUGGAAUCACGUCUUCUGUUAGCUGAAUUUAAUAUCGUCUAUAUGCAGCUUGGUGUAGAAAGCGAUGGUCGCUACAUAUCUGUUCUCAAGGUAUUUGGCACAAAUGCUCAUUUUGUCAAACGACCCUAUGAUGCUGAGGUUUGUCUGACUGUUCAUGGCCUGCUCCUUGUUGACACUUUACAAACCUAUGGUUCAGACUUCGACCUUCUUGUUGCUUCUCAUAAGCAUCUGAGUUUUGACAUACCCACUGGCAGCCUGAAAGAGAGYCAGCCAUCUUCUCCCAUCACAUGUGAUGACAGGUCUCCUGAGCAUCAGGGGAACCAUUCUGAGUUACCCACCAGUUUAAACAUAGGCAGCUUGUCCCCAGUCAGUUCUGUCCUCAAAGAUGAAGAAGCCCUCAUUAAGCUUGAGUACCAGUUUGUGAGCUCAAACUGUCCUUCUAUGAACCUUGAUAGCUCCCUUCAAGUUAUAAGCAUGCAGGUCAACAACUUGGACAUCAUCCUCAACCCUGAGACUAUGGUGGAGCUUGUUAAGUUCCUUCAAAAAUCUUUCCCGAAAGAGGAAAGCACCUGGAUACCAUCAGCUCAGCAACGUACAACACAGAGUUACAAUAAAGAAGAGGACAGAGCAUAUCAGGCCACCUAUGACCAGAACAAAGAACUAACUGUGGAGAUCAACCGCCUCAACCUGCUUCUACUUCGGACUGUGUCCACUGGCACUUCCUUGGGUGCUGAGAAAAAAGGACGGAAGAUUGCCACUGCCAGCAUCACUGGUACCAAGGUCACUGUAUCUCUUGGAAGUCGUUUGGACAUCAGUGGUUCUCUUGGAUCUAUGCAUCUAGUUGAUCUAACCCAGGACAAAGGCCGUAGCCAGUUUGUGGUGAGCAUUGGGAGUGUUGAUGACAGCUCUUCAAAUYUUGAUGGAACACCACUCUUCUCUGAUACAAAACAUCCUUCUACAGAUGCUUUGAACUUUCAACUUMAGGAAAAAUCUCAAGGAGAGUGUUCCUUGCAACUUGACAUGGCAUCAUUACACUACAACCAUUCAGCCAAGUUCCUGCGGGAGCUCAGUCUUUCAGCCAAUGAACUUGAAGACAAUUUUCGCUCCAUGCUAAAAAUKGCUGCUACCAGAGUGUCAACUGUUUUAGCUACCAAAACAGCAGAGUACAGCAAUAUGUUUUCACUCUUUGAAACUCCCUCACGGAGAACAGAAACAUUGAGUCAGAGUUUUGCAUAUCCAUUUGAGGAGGAGGAGGAUGAUGUUCUCGCUGAGGAGCCUGAAUCUACUUUAGACAAAUUUUUGGUGAAGUUGACCCUAAAUAUCAACAUUGACUCGCCUGUUGUGUCAAUUCCCCGUAAACCUGGACACCCUGAGCUGUUGAUUGGUCAUCUAGGAAGCAUAACAAUUCAAAAUUUUCUUGACAGCCAAGACUCGGAAGGAGAGAGGCUGCAAGUKUUGGUAAAAGAUAUCCGACUGUAUUCACUCAAUAUGUGUCAUUUAGAUUUGAAAAGGGUGUUCAAAGGGACCAAUGCUGAUGGUUUGUCUCCACCCCAUGAUGAAAGCAUCAAACAGGAAGAAGCACAGUUCACACGUCAUGACUUCUUUGAAUCUCUCAAUUGUGGAAAAGCUUUCCAUAUUCUUAAAGACACUACUGUACAGUUUAACCUGGAAAAAAAAUCUGUGGAUGAAAAUUCACAACUGACUUUACUCACUACAGAAGAGCCCUACAAGAGCACAGGGCAACUGAAAAUUGAGAGCAAGUUUGUCAGUCCUGUUCAGGUCUUCCUCUGCAAACCUGUGUAUGAGCAAGUUCUCCAGACUCUGGACAAUUUAUUGCUGAUUGAGAAGGAAAACGCCACGUCAAGCCAUCCACCUACUCCUCCCCCACCAACGCCUUCAUCCCAUAAACCUCACUGCUUUCCUGACCUCCAAGGAGGACUGUUUGCAAGGGAUAUUCCUAAUAUCACCAUCCCCCAUUCCUCCCUUUCUUCUCCUCUGUCUCUACAAUUGCAUAAACCCACUCCAAGCUUUCUGUCGUUCACYCAGCUGAAGAUCACCUUACACGUACCAGAGCUCCAAAUCCAGCUAAAUGCUGACCUGACUCAGGGUUCUCAGGGUUUAGUCAGUGUGCGCUUCCAAGAUUUGGAGGCUGAUUUUACCAAAGAUCAUCCAUAUUUACUUGAAGUACAGCUUGUUCUGCAUGCUCUACUGAUGGAAGAUCUCCUGGAGCGGAACCCUGACUCUAAGUACAAGCAUUUGAUCUUGUCUCGUGGAGCUCCCAAAUCCUCCACCUUCAAUCCCAAAGAGUAUCUUUCCCAAAGYUGUCCAUCAGCGUCUAAUGCUGUCUAUCCAGACAUGCCCCGUUCAUUGCCUGCCCAGAUGGAAGAAGCCCAGAAUGUUUUUCAGCUCUACCAGAGACAUCCCAGCACACCCUCAUCCUGCAGCCGUAAAACUAAAAAUGACCCAGACUGUCCCAGCACRCCACCUCCUUCUCCUACACCUCAGACCAUUUCUCCUCAGCCUCCUGGAGGCUUUGAUGAUUCAUUAGUUCAUAUAAAUAUGCUCCUUGUUGACCAAAAUCAUCCMGAGUUCAAAACCCGCUACGGGAGAGUAGGGCGACGUGUGGAUGUGGACUUUAACUGUCUGGAUGUUUUGAUCACACUUCAGACCUGGGUGGUGAUUCUGGACUUUUUUGGAAUUGGUUCCACAGCCAAUAAUCACGCAGUAAAGGUGCCAGUCUCACCCCAACCUAUGCCAGUACACUUUCUAAAUGAGCCCGAUGCCUGUGAGGAGGAGACAUCGCAACCUGUCAACACAAAGGUGGACUUAAAGGUUCAUUCUUUGUCGCUUGUGCUCAACAAGAAAUUCAGUGAACUUGCCAGAGCUAGUGUGUCCAAAUUGUCUACUCAGCUGCAAAUGCUUGAUGGUGACCUGACAAUACAAGGAAACUUAGGAAAUUUGUCUCUGAGUGACCUGACACCACAUGGGGACCUGUACAGAGAGCGCUUUACCACCCAAGGACGGGAGGCUCUUGUCUUCAACAUUUUCAAGUACGGACUGCCUGAUCCUAACCUGAAGAGGGAUUAUGACAUUAAAGUGUGUUUGCAGAUGGCCUCUGUCCUGUAUGUGCACACUCAGCGCUUCCAGGCUGAGGUGGUUGCCUUCAUGCAGCACUUUACCCAGCUUCAAGAUGUCCUCGGCAGGCAGAGGGCUGCAAUAGAGGGUCAGACUGUCCAUGAUCACCCACAACGGGCAUCCAGGAUUCUGCUUGAUAUUGAAGCUGGGGCCCCAGUCAUUGUCAUACCUGAGAGUUCACAAUCACCACAUGUGAUUGUGGCCAAUCUGGGUAAGCUGAGGGUGCAGAACCGCUUCCUUCCAGCUGGGGCUCACGGAACAUUCUCCCUCCUAGAUAAGGAGUAUGUCAGGAAUGCAGCAUGGAGGACAAAUGAUCAGGAUAAGCCCACAGACUCUUCUACAGAAGGAACAUAUGGCAGACCACAGGGCACUGGCACAGUCGGAACCCCUGAUGAGAAGGAUUCCCACUCCUCAGAGAAGCACGUGUGCCUGUUGGACUGCAUGGCUCUCGACCUGCAGGAGAUGGAUAUCUUUGCUGCAGAACGUCUGUCUGGUUGUUCGUGUGAUGGUGCUAAUAUUCCUGCAUCCUCCAACCUCAUCUUCCCAUCCUUCUCGUUUUGUCGAACUGGAGAUAACUUCUUGAAAGACUGCUGCCGCCUCAAGCUUCAAAUAGAGCGCAACUUGGACAAGGAGCUGAGCCACGCUGUGCCUGACAUGUCUAUCCAUGGCAGUUUGUCAUCAGUGCACUGCUCUCUAGACAAAAAGCACUAUCAGCUGAUCCGAGGGCUUCUGGAGAACAACCUGGGAGAGCCUGUUGAAGAGUUCCUGCGACCUUACAAUCUGCAGGACCCCAGCAGCUAUACUGUGUUAACUGGAGAUGCCCACUUAAACCUGUCUUUCUUGGUGGAUUUGACGGACGUUAGCCUGGAGCUUCUAGACGGCCCAGCAACCACUGAAUAUAGGCAAUCAUUGGCUAGGUUUGACUUCAUGAAAUCCAAGGUUCUUUUUGAAAGUUUCUCUGAUGGUUCAAAGUCUGUCAACUUGGUGUCUCACUCCCUGCUGGCAUUUGACACCCGCUACACUGAGCCAAAUAUGAGUGCAGAGGAGACGAGACAAAAUGUGUUUGACUGUAUUUUGCAGCCCUCCAAAACAGGCAGUAACCAAGCAUCUCUGCAGCUGGAACUGCAUUACAGAUCUACACGUGAAUCGUCGUGCUUCACGGUGGUCCUCAAUAACCUCAGGGUUUUUCUUAUAUUUGACUGGCUGGAAAUGGUGCGAGACUUCCUGCAGGUGCAGGUUCAUAGGGCCUYUGACACUGCUGAGUCUCAAAAGUAUUGGCACAGUAACAUCGAUUGUGAAUCAGACACUMCUGGGGCUGUCAUUCCAAAGACAGUGAAGAGUGGAGUGGUCACUAAGAGGUCCACAGUACCGGUCACCCAAAACCGCUGCCUGGAGGUGAAAAUCAAUGUGACAGGAACUGAAUUUGUGGUUGUGGAGGACCUGGCCAGUUUCGACACKAAUGCAAUUAUUCUGAAAGGCACUACUGUUCUUACAUAUAAGCCCCGUCUGCUGGAUCGACCCUUCUCUGGCUGUCUGGCAGGAAUCGAGGUUUUCUCCUGUCGGCUGGACAGUGAGCAGGAGACAGCGCUGUCCAUUAUAGACCCUGUGAACAUACAAGUGGAGAUGUGUGGCAGCCCAACAUACCAGAGCAGUUCUGGUCUCCUGGAUGCUUUUAAUGUGGAGGAUAUCCCACCGCUGUUGGAGAUUCAGUUUCCUGCUUUGGACAUCCGUCUCUCCUACAAUGACAUUCAGCUUUUCCUUGCCAUCGCCAAGUCUAUCCCUGCAUCCAGAACUCCAUCUGCAUCAUCUUCUCAAUCAGUUGAGGCCACAGUUCCUCCUAAAGGCAGCAGCACACAGAAGACAUGCAGCCUCAGAGAAAUCAAGCUUAGCCAUUUACAGAACCUUGGUUUUACAAAGACGGACUGCAAAAGAGCCCUGACCUAUUGCAAAGGUCAUCUGGAUCAGGCUGCCACGUGGCUGCUGGAGAACGCAGAAAACAUGGUGGAAAAUUCCAGAGCCAAUGCAGGCUCCAACACCAGCAGUUAUUCUGCUCUUCUGUCUGGGGUGGAGGUGAAGGCAGAGAGAAUCUGCAUUUGUUUCAUUGAUGACUGCCUGGACUGUGACAUACCUCUAGCUGAACUCRCCUUCUCCAGGCUUUUUGUACUGCAGCGUAUUGGUUCCAUCCAGGAAGGUAAAUCCAGCUUUACUCUGUCUGGGAACUACUACAACAGAGAGCUUUCAG